AUGGAUCAGCAAGCUGCUCCUAUAGAAGAUGGGCAACACCUGGAGAACUGCCAACUUCCUUCGGUUCAGGACGGGCAUGAUGCUUAUAAUCCAGACAGAAUUGAGCCACGUGCCUGGUCUCAAGCACAUUCACCAGCCAAGGAUUUGAGGCCUGUUCUCGAGGCUAACGGGAAACAGGCCCAUUUUCGAUACCGAGAAUCUCAUACAGCUGCAAGAAACUCAUCACCACCCUCUCUUCGAGCUUUAGCUUCCGAAGACCGCAAUUACUAUAGAAUGAACGACCAAUACGAAGUCAAAGACCCCGCACACUUCGGUCUUCGAGGACCGAAGAGACACGCAAGCCCGACCACACAGGAAGGUUCCUCGAAGAGACAGCAAAUGACAUACGAUCGUGCUCAUGGCGUCAUGGACCCUACCGAUACCCUCAGCGAUGUUUCUGACGAAAUUGACGUCUACGAUGAGCUGAAUGAAGAACCUGAGGGCCAUCAGUAUGACACAAACACUGCACGAGCGCGACCGAACUGGCGCGUGCCACCAGACGUGCCAGCACAAGUUCAACACAUAGAGCAGCUCCAUCCAUACCAUGAUUCUCAACAGCUCGACAUAAACUUGAUUAAUAGCCGCCGUCAGCCUGAACCUCCCUAUAUGCCAUUCCAACAACCUUCCCCGUCUCGGCAGCCUGCUCUUCCGUCUUAUGAACAGCUAUGUUCGCGUCAAAAUACCCCUUCUCAACAACAUCUACCCUCCUUCUACCAGCAACAAGAUCGGCGCCCAAACACUCCUCCUCGACAAGCUCCAGGUCAGUUGUACCAACAAAUAGCCUCGAGUCAAAACAAUCCGUCUCGACAAAAUAGAACACCACAGCAACUGUCAGCUCAAAGACCUACUUCCCCGCAAGCACAGCACUAUCAAAUUGGCCAAAAAUCCGCACAGCAAAUCCGAAGCCAGAGUCGACCCCGCAGAACUCUGGCGAGAGCUCCCUCCGUCCAAGCUCCUCAAGCCCGCAACUCAUCUCAUAUCGACAUGGAAGAAGAACGGGUGAAUGAUAUGUCACUGGAGCGCGGUAUGGAGCCAGAACACACUACUCCUCGAUCUUUACAUCAAGCUGGUGGCCCUCGUGUGAUAGAUGGAAUCCGUCAUCCAGAGGAAAUCAUUGGUCGAGCAAGAGGUACACAUCGAGGCCAUUCAGCAAGAAGCCAUCCUUUUGGCUCACCACUUUAUGCUCAUAGUGGACUCGACCCACCUCGAAGUCGAUUGGAUGAAAGCUCACCCACAAAAGGUCAGUUUGAUGACAAUAGCUUGGAAGACAUGGGGAGUCAAGAUGCGUCUGAGGAGGUUGAGCAAGUUCGCCUAUUGUUUGAACCCUCAUUCCGAGUCCCUCGAAUGUCUGUCAGCCGUCACAUGGGUCCCGAGCCACAGAGCUCUUUCUCAAGAGCCCAAAGUGAGCAGCUAUUGGACUAUGUAGUCAACCCGACGACCUUCUCUACACCUCAGUACCACAGUCAAUUCUCUGGAAUCUCCAAAAACAAGCGCCAACUGUUAAGUGAAAUUGGGGACAGUAGGGGAUAUGUUGCCAAUCCAUCUUCGCAAGGCGGAACUGCUGGCCCAAGUGCUGCACCUCAACUCCCAAGCGUAUUCAGACCUAUUCAACAAUAUGAAGAAUGCCCGGCGGUCCAAAUGCCGUCCACUCCUCCUCGCAGUCGCAGAGAAAUACCUGUCGACACUCCCUCAAUGCAGCGAGAUCAGAGCCAAAGCCGCAUGUCAAGUGCUCGUCAAAGUGCUCGAAUCAUCAACCAGGGAUUUCAGAACCAAUCUGCGCAUUUCAGAAGCAAUCAUGUGGACGGAGCCGAUGAGGAGAUGCAAGAAAAUAGGGUGCCUUGGACUGGGAGAUCUAUAGAGCCCGCUCGAGAGUUACAUGCCCCAGAGACUCCCGUCAGAGUGAGCCCUCAAGGAAGUCCUCAAAGAGGUGGAAACUUCUAUGAUGGCGGUCCUGUCACAGACAGUCUAAUAAAUGCCUAUUUAUUCCCUCUAAAGAGGUCAGCUCAGUCAAAACAUCAAGAUCCCAACGCUGGCAUCGAUAUGGCCACCAACGUCUUACCAAAGGGAAGCUUGUUCGGUAAGAAAUCCAGCUUCAAAGUACAGGCACCAAAAGCGGAGACGAUCAAGCCAGAAACACCAGAGUCAUCGGUACGCCUCACUUCUGGGAGAGGCCUAGAGGUCUAUAUUGAUCUUUGCACGCCCCCGUCAACCGCACGUCCAGUGCCAAUGAAAGAUCGCCUCACGCCAGCCGCUGCCGCCAAGAAGCCAGCUCCUGCUCGACCAAUCCGUACAAAGAAACCCGCCGCCUCAGCGGCCCCUGUGCCUGUCAAGAAAGUCCCCAAGAUCAAAGAGCCAGUCGUUGAUCCUGAGUCCUUGCGUCAACAGCGCGCUGCUGAGAUUAUUGUGGAGAAGGAACUCAAGGGAAGACUCGGAGAACCUCAGUACGAUCAAGUUGCUGAAGACAAGAAAGUCGCAGAAGCACGUGCAGCUAGCCAACGUGAGCGCGAGGAGAAGCUGGCUGCACUUUUGAGGAAGGAAGAAGCUGCGAAGGUUGCGGAAGAAGAGAAGCAAAAGAGGCUCCAAGAAGAAGCCGCAAAGCGCAAAAUUGAGAAGGAGCAAGAAGAAGAGCGCAAGAAGAUCAAGCGCGAUGCUGAACGUCGGAAGCAACAAGUGCUCGAGCAGCAAGAAAAGGAAAUUCUGCGCAAGAAAGCCGAAGAGCGGAUCCGCGCCACCAGAAUAAAGGAGGCCGAGGAACAACGGCAAAAGGAAGUAGUGAAGCAAAGGGCGAAGCACGCUGAAGCCCAAGAACUUGCAAAAGUCAAGGCAAGGCAAGAGCAGGCGAGGAAGCAAGCUGCAACAUUGAGUGCUUCUAAGCUGCCACCAGUCCCAGAGGCUCAGCCCGCUGAUAAUUCCAAUGGAGAUGAUAUCGAGAGGGACUUCGAGUCCUUGUUUGUUGAAGAAGUGGCAGACCCUCCAGCAGCUGCUCCAGAAGUAAAACUUCCUUCAACCAACAAGCAAGAAGUUUACGGAUCAAAGACAGCCUUCCUCGAAAAUGCCGCGAAGGUUUUUGCACAAUCCGCUUCUACGAGCACCUACAGAGCCAACAGAGAUGCUGAGGAUGCCAAGCUAGCUGCUGAGCGAGCAAAGGCAGCACGCGAGAAGCUGGAUGCCCGAUGGAAAGCCAAGACUCAAGCAUCAAAGCCCGAUCCGCCACGUCCAGCUGUCACAGAGAAACCCAAGCCACCCCCUCGACCAGAGCCAGCCACAGAGGAAUCACGACCACCACCACCACCAACAAAGGCUCCUCCAGCUCCCAAGAAAGAUCGACCACCUCCAAAGCCCAAGGUAAAGCCCGAGCCAAAACCAACAUCGAGAUCGAGAGCCGAGGUCAACAGCAACUUCGAUUCAGAAAGCUCAUCAUCGUCCGGACCCGGACCAACAGGCCGCUCUCUCGAUGAUUUCGCCCCCAAGCCCUCAUUGAGCGGUCUUCCUGGCUCCUUGAAAUCCUCGGGUGGAAGUAAGACUAAGCCCAAGAGUCCCCAGGGUCCUAAGCCUAAGGAGUAUGCGCACAAGGUCAAGUUGAUCUCUGAGCUUGAACGCGAGGAACUAGAAAAAGCGGAGAAUGAGAAGAGAUCUUUGAAGCGCAAGACUACGGAUAAGCGCAAUAGAGAGCACCAACAGGCCGAAGAGCGUAGGAAGAGAGAUGAGAAAGCUAGGGAAAAGAAGGUGCAGGAGCUGACAGACACUGCCGAGAAGAAUGGCGCGAAACUCACCGAGAAGGAGUUGAACAAGCAGGUUGAUAAAUUCAUGGAGAAGCGCGAGAAGCAGCUUGAGAAGCGGCGUAUAAAUCACAGAAUGAAAGAGAACGGUGGCGAUCACACAGCUCUCGCACCACAGUCGCAGCAAGAUGCCGAGUCCGAUGAUGAAAGCCUCAGUCCCGAUACGAAGCUGCGGAGGCAUAUUCAGCGAGAAUUCAAGAUUGCUCAAUCUGCUCUGGGGGUGACUCAACAGGCUAUGCCUUUCGAUCGAUCCAAGGGCACCAUCGCUGAGUACAGUGACCCCUCGGACGAGGAUGAAGAAGAAGAAUCCUUUACAAACUCAUACGAACCACCACGAGCAGCAGCAGUAGAAUCGGACGAAUCCGAGGAAGAUCCCGAUAAUGAGCCCGAAGCUUUCGUGGCCAAGCCACCUUCUAAGGAAUCCCAGGAUACCGAGUCUGAAGAGGACAGUGACGAUGCUGAUACCGAAUUGAGCUCUCCUCCGCCGCAAAUGGGCACCUACUCCAAAGCCAUAGACGAAGAUCAACGCCGAGAAUUCAAUGGUCAUCUCAGCAGCAUGAUCAACAUCCCCAACCCGUCCCGCAGCCGCCUCGUCUACCUCUACCAAGUCAUGAAGCAUGAGACUACACGCUCUGACGAUGACAAAGAUGACCAGAUCGAGGUGCAAAUGGUCGAGCAGUUCUUGUCUCAAAAAGAUGCCAAUCAAUGUGCCAGAGACCUCGCUACCAAAUACCGGAAUCCCGACCCGGCUGUAUCUAUGGCCGCCCCGCAUAAGAGCAUCACGGAACGGUUCACAGAGAAGGGCCUAUUCAAGGCCAUAUUCGUGCACGACGACCUGCACCAGACACUCAUCUUCAUCAAGACCAUCACCAAGCUCUCCUCCGAGUUCCCACCCGAAGCACUGGCCCACAUGCCGACGCGACUGCCGCCCCAAGCGUGGUCCGUGAUGCUGUACAAGACGACGCGCACGACGAACUCGGCGACGGGCGAGGUGGAGGUCCAGAAAUCCUCGUCGCAGCAGCUGAGCUGCUUCUCCAUCCUGCAGAUGGCGAACUUUGAGGCCUGCAAGCAGCUGAUCGAGAUGGUGAAGCCGGCAAGCGCGGACGACGUCGAGCUGAUGCGCGACCACGACCAGAACGCGGCCCAGAUGCGGGAGAGCAGAGAGGACUUUGAUCGGGCUGAGCUGCCGUUUGAGCUCGAGUUGGAGAUCUCGGGUGGGGAUGCUGUCAGGCUGGGGGCGACGGAGAUUGAAGUCAAGGUUGAGCCCUUUGAGAUUCAAGGUCCAUUGAAUUGA